AUGGCCCAGAUUCCCAUGAUAUCCGUGCCGCUCAAGGCCACCAACGAGAUCGACUGGAUUACCCCUCUGAAAUACUACAUUCAGAAUACAUAUGGCGACGAUCCGGAGAGGUACGCCGAAGAAUGUGCGACCUUGAACCGCCUCAGACAGGACAUGCGAGGAGCUGGCAAGGACAGCACAGCUGGGCGGGACCUCCUCUACAGGUACUAUGGCCAGCUGGAGCUCCUCGACCUGCGUUUCCCGGUCGACGAGCAACAUAUCAAAAUCUCAUUUACAUGGUUCGACGCCUUCACCCACAAACCGACCUCGCAAUACUCACUUGCCUUCGAGAAAGCUUCCAUCAUUUUCAACAUCUCUGCCGUCCUCUCCUGUCAUGCAGCAAACCAACCGAGGUCUGCAGAAACAGGUCUCAAGACCGCCUACCACUCCUUCCAGGCAUCGGCCGGCAUGUUUACCUAUAUAAACGAGAACUUCCUCCAUGCACCAUCCGUAGAUCUGAGUCGCGAUACUGUCAAGACACUCAUAAGUAUAACGCUCGCCCAGGCGCAGGAAGUCUUCCUCGAGAAGCAGGUUGCGGACCAGAAAAAGGUCGCCUUGUUGGCGAAGCUCGCCAGCCAGGCCGGCACUCUCUACAGCCAAGCCAUUGAGGGCGUCCAGGAGAAUGUUACCAAGGCUAUCUUUGAGAAAGUAUGGCUGCUGAUGGUUCAGAUCAAGGCAAAUUACUUGAAUUCCAUGGCUCAGUACUACCAGGCCCUGGCAGAUGAAGAGGCAAACGCUCACGGCACAGCUGUUGGUAGGUUGCAGGCGGCGGAGACUCUCGCCAGGGAGGCGAACAAGGGCGCAUCUAGCUUUCCUGGGUUUGUGCCGCCAAGCUCAAAUCUUCAGGCAGAUUGCGGUAGCGUUCUUGCCGAAUACACAAAACGCCAUCUUGCUACCGUUUCAGAGAAGCUAAAGGAGCUGGCCAAGGACAAUGACUAUAUCUACCACCAGACUGUCCCACCAGAAGCCAGUCUUGCUCCCGUGGCAAAAUUGCCAGCUGCCAAGCCGAUACCGGUCAGUGAGCUCUAUGCGGGUCAGGAUAUCCAGCGGAUCACCGGCCCCGAUCUGUUCUCCAAGAUUGUUCCCCUGGCGGUGACGGAAUCUGCAAGUCUUUACGACGAGGAGAAGGCGAAGCUCAUCCGGGCCGAGACUGAGCGGGUCGAGCUGGCCAACAGCGAGAUGGCUGCGAGCCUGGACUAUCUGAGACUCCCUGGCGCAUUGCAGGUAUUGAAAGGCGGUUUUGAUCAGGAUAUCCUGCCCGACGAAGACUUUAGGACGUGGUGUGAUGAUGUUGCAGGGCACGAGGACCCCGGCAUCAUAUUCGACUCGCUACGAUCCCAGAGAGACAGGAUCAUCUCGUCAUUGGAUAAGAGCUCGCAGCAGUUGGAUAUGGAAGAAGGUGUCUGCGAGAAGAUGCGGUCCAAGUACGAAGGAGAUUGGACACAACAACCUAGUGCACGGCUCACCACGACUUUACGAGGCGAUAUCAGGAAUUACCGCGAGGCAUUGGCCGAGGCAUCAAAGAGCGAUGGGCAGCUUUCCUCCAAGCUCCAUCAGAACCAGGACGUGUUUGACGAGAUGCGAAAUGCAGCCCAGAAUGGUGGCGUGGAUGCACUGUUCCAGGGGGCAGUGAGCAAGUUAAGAGGUAGAGGCAGCGGAGUGGGAAGUCCUGGCAUGGAACCAAAUCUCUUGGACGCAGAUUUCGAAGAAAGCGGUCCUAGCGUCAUGGACCAGAUCAAGAAGGUCGAAGACACACUGAAGAAGCUAAAUCUCAUCAAGAGAGAGCGGAAUCAGGUUCUCAAGGACCUGAAAGACAAGGUUCACAAUGACGACAUCUCCCAGAUUUUGAUCCUAAACAAGAAGUCUAUCGCCAACUACGAGCAGCAACUCUUCCAGCAGGAGCUAGAGAAGUUCCGGCCUCAUACGACCAGGAUACUACAAGCCAACCAUAAGCAGUCAGCCCUGAUGAAAGAGCUGACCAUCUUGUUCAACAAUCUCCUACAAGACAAACGAGUCAGAUCAGAACAGAGCAAAUACGAGGCAAUCCAACGCCAGCGUGGCUCCGCCAUCAGCAAGUAUAAGCGCGCAUACCAGGAGUUCUUAGAUCUCGAGGCUGGGCUCCAGAGCGCCAAGAGGUGGUACGCGGAAAUGAAAGAGACUGUCGAGAGCCUUGAGAUGAACGUGGAGACCUUUGUAAACAACCGCCGUUCUGAAGGGGCCCAGCUGUUGAAUCAGAUCGAGCAGGACAGGGCCGCAGAAAAGAGUGCGAGAGCCGCGCUCGAGCAGGAACGGCUCCGAGGGCUGAUGGAACGCAUGUCGAUGGAGCCGCCUGCGACGUCGCCGAAGCCUACCAACACACAACGCACCACGCCAGCGCCUCUGGACUUCCAAAACUCGGUGCCCAGAUACCCGCAGACCAACUUCGCAGGCCAAUACCGAGUGCCAACCUCGCCUCCGCCCAACCAGGCCCAGAUGCCACAGUAUCAGGCCGCGUACAACCCUAGCACAUACGGACGCAACCCUGGACCAACCUCGCCUCCUCCAACACGAACCAGUUUCAGCGGACAAUCUGGAUUCAGACCCGGACCCGCCUCACCUCCUCCCACGCAAACAACAUUCGGGCAACAAUCCUCUCGUCCCCAUAGCACCUAUGGUAAUCCCCACGCUGCACCCACAACCGUCCCCCAGACAUACGUCCCGCCUGGGUUCGUCCCCCCUCCUCCACCGCCAGGGCCCCCUCCUUUGGGCCCUCAGCAGACUGUGCACUACGGCAAUGAUUACUACUCAGGCCAGCAACAACAGCAGAGAUCUCCUUCUACGCAUCAACAGCCUCCUAACGCUGCUGACCCUUGGGCUGGGCUUAAUGCCUGGAAAUGAGACUUCAAGUAGCAAACAUGAAUAGGCAGGGCAUUUCGGCUGACACAAACAGGGAGGCACGCAAUCUAGAAAAGAAGAAGAAAAAGCUGUGGUCUGCCCGAGGACAGGAUACGAUGAUUAGUCGGGAAUUUGCAAAGUGAAACAAGUCAACAAGGAUGCAAUGAGAUAAGAGUAUUAAGUACUCGAUCAACGGUGAAGGGGUUGGGGGGGGGGGAGUCUUCUUUCUACUUUGCAAUGACGGGUCAGGUGUUGAUGCGAGGUGAUAGAGUCGAUUCAGCCCAAAACUAUCUGAAUGCGAUGGGCGUGCAGGAGGAUGUGCAACUCGAUCCGUUCAGAUGUCCAGUACAAGGUAGAUUUUGCAUCUUCACAGAGCGCAGCGAAAUAAUCCGACGUUUUCUUCGGGG